ACACUCAUUGGGCCCAGGUAUCCAUCUCUUCCCAUAUCCACCAGCAUCAGCAUGCUCCAGCAUAAGUCUAGACUUUACGUCUGGCGACGUUUGACUUGAGAACAAACGCACGCAGUUGCAUUUAAAUACAUCGCCUCGCCGGUAGAUUUCUCGAAUGAACUGAGAGCAGUAAACAUUGACGUCUCUUGAAUUAAUAUAUUGGCAACACCUACGCCAAAACAGGAAAAUGGCUGUGAACGUUUACUCAACCUCAGUGUGCAGUGACAACUUGAGUCGUCAUGACAUGCUUGCCUGGAUCAACGAAUCGUUACAGAUCAACCUUACUAAGAUAGAGCUGUUAUGUUCAGGUGCGGCCUACUGCCAGUUCAUGGACAUGCUCUUCCCCGGCUGUGUGCCUUUGAAGAAAGUCAAAUUUGCUGCAAAACUAGAGCACGAAUUCAUUCACAACUAUAAGAUCUUGCAAGCUGGCUUCAAAAGAAUGGGUGUCGAAAAAAUCAUCCCUGUUGACAAGUUGAUAAAAAGCAAGUUCCAGGACAACUUUGAGUUUGUGCAGUGGUUCAAGAAGUUCUUUGAUGCCAACUAUGAUGGGAAAGAGUACGACCCUGUGGAGGCUCGCCAGGGCCAAGACUCCAUGCCCAACCCCGCCAUGUCGGCCCUCAACAAGCCCAAGAAAAUCCUCAACGCUGCAUCCCAGCGAGCAGCAGUUGCCAAGGUAGCACCCAAAAUGGCGCCUAGCUUGGCGCGGAGACCAGGGGCUGGUGGAGGUGACGAGGAGCGGGCAGAACUCAUUCAGGAGGUAAAUAUACUGAAGUCCACCAUCCAGGACAUGGAGAAGGAGAGGGACUUUUAUUUCGGCAAACUGAGGAACAUUGAGCUCAUCUGCCAAGAAAAGGAAGGAGAGGGUGAUCCCACACUGCAGAGGAUCGUGGAUAUACUCUACGCCACAGAUGAGGGUUUUGUCAUACCGGACGCUGAGUCAGAGGACCAGGAGGAAUUCUAACGUUCAAGACUGGAUCAUGCAGCUUUUAAUACAACCCCUCAACCCACCAAACCCCUUCAAUCAGCUACAACAUCUCUAUCCUCUCCCUACAUACAACACCCACUCCAAAAAAUGUAUCAUGUUAUGCGUUCGUGAUCUCUGAGUGGACUGUAUAUCAAAUGUUUGUUUUCUGUAAAAUCAAGUUGAAAUAAGUGUGUGUGUGUGUGUGUGUGUGUGUGUGUGUGUGUGAAGUACCUCUUUUGAAAGCCCUUCUCUGGGUCAUGCCAUUGGCCCUUAUCAGCAUCAUGUUGUUAGAAGGCAGCCAUUUGGGCUCUAUUUGGGUCCAGAAGAGUGAACUGUCUGUAAGAUGUCACUUUUUUUGUUUGCUUGUCUUUCCCCUCAAUUUCUGUGUCUGUUCCAGGAAUUGGCGUUACAAGUUCAUUGGAACCUGCACUCACUUUUGUACAUAGUAUUUUUCUUAUUUUACCUGUUUUCUAAAUUAUCACUGUCUUUGCCACGUGUAGCAAUUGUUUUCUGGGUCUGAGCAAAUUCACUUUGUUAAUGUAGUGAUCGUGGGGCAUUUUAUUUGCUUUACUAACCAACUGUUCAUAUAUCUCAAACCUAGUUAUCUACUUUCAUUUGGUCUCCUCCUGUUUGGAGAUUAACUUUUUUUUUUUUUUUUUACGGUGCAAUCCUUUUUAUUCUAGGAAAGUGGCACUUUUUUCUCAACGAUUCAGGUCAACGUCUCUUAGUGUGGCUGCAAUUCUCGGGACAGCUCAUAACAACCUGACGAUAUUUAUGAAGAAACAUGUUAAACUACAAGCUUAUGGUGGAAUAUUUUGUGCAUGUUUGUCUCUUGGAUGUUGGAAGGCAUGUGCACUGUGGAUGCCAGAAACUCUCUGGUCCCAAGCAUAUCCCAAAUUACCCACUGUUUUUUUUGGUCAUUUCUCUUGUCUAAAAUUGUUAAGUUGGCAGGGGAUGGAGUGUUAACUUGAUUUAGCACCUCUAGUGUCUGCAUCUUCUUAGGGAAUGCAAAAGGUGACUGAUGUUUUUCGAUUUUCUAAGUUCAUUUAUUUUUUUAAACUCCUGUCUUGCAUUUUAAUCUGUUUUGAUUAUGUAGCCACUGCACCAUUGACAGGUUCUAGGCCCAAAAUGCUGAUGCACAAAUAGAACUGCCAGUCUCUGCACUGGAAGAUCAGAGAUUUAAUUUAGAUUUUUAUGAAUUACAAACAUUUGCCAAAAAGAGAGUACAAAGUCACAUAGGUAGGUUAUGAAAGGUAUUCAAGAAUAAAUAAUAAAUACCAUUGCCUUAUGUAGGUUAUGAAAGGUAUAUAAGAAUAAGGCAAUGGUAUUUAUUAUUUAUUCUUGAAUACCUUUCAUAACCUACAUAUGUGACUUCGUACUCUCUUUUUGGCAAAUGUUUGUAAUUCAAUUUAAAGAAUUGUCAUUUCAGAUCUUGUUUUCUUCUUUCUGCUGCUCUGAAUGGACGUCUAGAGAAUCUGGCAAAUAGAUGUUCAGUCUUCCAGAUAAUAAAAUGCUCUGACAGGCCAAUUUCCAUGUGGAUAUCAUUGAUGGUUCAUUUGAAGUGUUCUGAACUUAUUGGUGUACUUAAUCUAACUCGUGCCACCCAUCUGUUGGCUGAAAUGACCUAUCUGAUUAAUUCGAAGUACAUAACUGACAAGUCCAAAGUCUUGCCUCUUUACAAGGCCUGUUAAAUAAUGUAUAAUAAAUUGAACAGUAAUGGCACAACAAUGUGAUCUAUAGCAUCCUUUGGUUGUGCUGAUAGCUGGGCAUCAGCUUUGCAUGUAGUUUUUUAUGAAGGGGAUUUUCUGAUGCUGAAUAUGUAAUGAAUUGGCUUGAAGCCCACGUGGGAGCUGCAUAUAGAUUUGACCAUUGUAGUGUACUUUAGUUUUCUGGCACUAAAACGGGACCUUUCUAGGUAAUGAAGGAAGUUUGAAUGUCGUGCAUUUCGGAACGUUUUUGCAUGGUGAUGCCUGGCUGUAAUAUUUUUUUCAAUUACGUUUUGGUCCUCGUUACGUUCUUCAGGACCACAACCCUAAUUUAAUUUGUCUACUUUUUGGGAUUACCAUGUCCAAAACAGUGUUUCAAAAUGUAUUGGGAUAUGAAUGUGUAUGUUUUAACACACAGAAAUAAUCAUUAUGACUGUUAACCUUGAGUCAAGAAACGUUGUUUUGAGUGAUCGUUUAAAAACAUAAUUGUCUUUUUUGUGCAACGUCAUCGACUGUGCAGUCUAUCAGUUUGCUAUAUAUGUGGUUUGCAGAUAUUAAACACUUAUCCAGGAGUUGAGAUUUGGCAGACAUCUAUAAUGUAGUCAGUCUAGAAGGUGGAAAUUGUUUUGGUGAAGUGCAUUUUAUAUACAAGGCAGAACCCCGCAGUGGCCUGUUUCAAUCUAACCUGGUGCCAAUCUUGACCUUUAACCCUGUUAGCUAUUGGUUCCUGAUUGUAUUAUUUUCUAGAUCUUCUGAAUGAUUGGUGUGGUUAUUGGAAGGAGCCCUUGCAGCUCUUGUUUUUGGGGUGUGAAAGAUCAGCUCUUGUUUUUGGGGUGUGAAAGAUCAGUGGUGUUGCAUCAGAUCUCCCCUGUGACAUCUGUGUUGACAUUCUGGUACACUGUGGGCCUUGUGCCACCUUCUGCUCUCUUUUUUUUUGUCUCUGUUUUUUUUGGUGAUUUAUUUAUUUAGUGAUUUUUGUUUACAUUUAUUGAUAAAAAAUAGAUAUAUUUCAGCAGGAAAUGUAUUUGAUUUUUUUCUGAUUUACUUAAAUCAUGUUAGCCAACUCAAGUUUCUUACAAACAAUAAAACAGUAUUUCAAGUUU